GUGUCAUGGAUUCGAGGUCACGACUUACAAGUGCUUUCUACAGGCCGGAGCACCUUUUCUACGGACCUACGGAUAUCUGUGUUACCGGGAGCAGCGUCCAAAGCAAGAAGUCCUCGUGAUAUCGUGUAUCAGGCCUGUGUACAGUGUACAGGUACUGGCCCUUUCUCAAUAUCUCCACUUCAUUAUGUAAAAGUUACAGAAGGAGUGUACAAGACAAGUCAAAGCAACAGAAAGGACGAAGGAAAACCACAACCACGUCAUACCCUUCAGGGCUGGACUAGGGCCAGACAUCGACCCAAGGGAAGAAGGGGAAGGCAUACAAGGAGAAACAAGAAAAUGCCACGAGUCAGAAGAGCCCAAGAAUUUAAAUUUGUAUCAGACAUCAUGAUAGACCUGUACCGUGAAGCGGAAUCUCAUCUGCCGUCACACUUCUUCAGAAAGUCCAUCGUGCAGAGCAACUCGCAGAGGUCCCUUUUCUACAGGCCGCUUAAAAACUCCAUUUCCAUAUAUCCUCAAGGACCGUUUCUAGGUGGGGAGGACGACAAAUUACUACAACCAGGUCCCAAUGACAUUGGCGGCAUUUGGGAACCUGAGGACUAUACUCUUCAGAUCAAGUAUACACGACUCGAUGAUGCUGGAACCUACAUGUGUCAGAUCAACACUGAACCACGCAUCUUUCAGACAGUCUUACUGAAAGUCUUCAAGGUGAAGGCAGAAAUUAUAGGCAGCCAUGAACUGUUUGUCAAAGCUGGAAACCCUGUGGCACUACCUUGUAGAGUGAGCCAUGGAAGCAUGAUCCCAGGGUUCACGCUGUGGUACAAGGAGGAGCGGCUUGUGGAGUACGAGAGCAGCGGUGGCAGAAUCCGCGUGCUGACGCUGCCCGAGGGUAUGAGCCAUCUGGAGAUCGAGGACGCUCGAACGGCCGACUCCGGCAACUACACGUGCUCCCCGUCGGGUGGUGUCCCUGCCUCGCUCGUCCUCAACGUUAUCGAGGGUGAGGAAUGGGGCAUCCGCCGGCCGACCCUAAGUGCUGUGUUUGAUAUGCGAGAGACUGUCCGGGUAAUCCAAGAUAUUUCCUCUUCAGGUUAUUCCAAGAUGUUCCUCCUUCAGGUUAUUCCAAGAUGUUUCUUCUUUAGGUUUAUUGAAGUUCUACCUUCAGAGAAGCAGGUUACCGGCGCUAGAAACCAGCGUGAUACACAUAUAAGUUUUUACCAGAGGAUACGCGUGUUGGUGCUUCAUAUCUCAUUUGAGUUCAUAUACAGUCUGUCUCAUAAUCUUGGGUCCAAUAAUCAGAUGCUACAAUACAUCCCAUCUACUGCUCUCCAUAUCCACAUAGUCAUGAUCCACACUAGGACUCAGGUGUUCACUAUGCUUUCACCUCUGACACUUCUGUGGUUUAAGCAAGCAUACGCCCUCGCUAGGAAUAACGAGGCAAACACAUGCAGACACAGAGAAGGGCAGACAGAUGACUGUCUUGCUCGUCACCGCUUUGCUCGUCUCUCAUGGGGUUUCAUUUAUACCUCAUCAAUAAACCCUCCAGCAAAGACCCCUUUCAAUCACCUGCACUACACCCCAACCUCUUACGUUCACAUCUGGUGCCUAGUGGUAGGCGAACCCCUCAACCCAAACCUUGUAUGUUCACAUCUGGUGGCCAACAGUGGAAGAACUUCACAAUGCCGAUGA